UGCUAUUCGUGAGGGGGCGGGGCUUCCUUCCCGCUGGGGCUCCUGGGAGGAUUCUAAAACAUUCUUGAGGCGACAGGGGCGCCUGGGAGGCGGGAACGCAACUCGGGAGCCGACCGGAGCUGAACCGGCCGUCUACCCGGCGGGAAAACCUUGAGGAGAUACUUUCUUUUUUAAACAUUAAGAAAUUUGAGGAUGGUGGGGCAGACCAACUAAAUCCCAUUUGCCUGUGAUUCCUUAGCCGGAAAACUGUCAAAAUCUGUGGAUCAAUUCAUGAGAUAAGAAAGAGGAUGGCAUCUAGAAUAAAUACCAGUUUCACUUUGAUUCCCAACCAGAAAUAUAGACGUAGUAAUCGUCGAUCCAACAGCUAUUUUUCCGAUACCCUUGGCUCAGAAUCUCAGCCCUUAUCAACGCUUGGAAAUUUUAAAGCCUUGCCAUUGGAAAUAUUCCAGAUAAUCUUAAGAUAUUUGUCAGUGAAGGAUAUCAGCAUGCUAAGCAUGGUGUCCAAAACAGUCAGCCAGCACAUUAUUAAUUAUAUCUCAACCUCAUCAGGAAGCAAAAGACUUUUACUACAGGAUUUUCAUAACCUUGAGCUGCCUAGCAAGAGACAAGACUCUGCCAUACUGGAACAUUACAGAUCUCUAGGUCUGCUAUUUAAAAGAUGUACAUUGCUGCUACCCACAAGGGAAAGACUAAAGUACAUUCACAGGAUACUGGCAGAAGUUUCCUGUUUUAAAUUCAAUGGCUGUGCAGCCCCUAUCCAAUGCUUAGGAUUACCAUGUUAUGGCAUGUUUUUGCAGACCUUAACAGCAGGUUGGGAUGAACUCGAGUGCCAUCGUGUGUAUAACUUCUUGUGUGAGCUGACUGAUCUCUCCCGUAAGAUGCAGACCGUUGUCUGCAGCAAACCAGGAAGUGCUCGAAAACUAGAGUUAAGGAUCAGACUAUUCUGUAGGAGCGUCCUGCUUGAUCACUGGAUACAUCAAAGUGAUUCUGCUUUUUGGUUGACGCGUAUAUUAAAACCAUGGCCAAUGGUGAAUCAGGCAAGAUUAUUGUAUAUCAUCUUUGGACCAAUAUCUCCUCAAGAUGGACAGGUGGUUUGGCAGAAAAUGAUAGAAGAACCUACAGAUGAAUCCAGUCUGAAAGGUUUGGCUGAUGCCAUUAAAUUACUAUAUGACACAGGCACGAAAGAAUGGACAGCAGAUGAUGUUAUCAGUCUUAUAGAUGAACUAUCAGUGGUUCCCCGUGAAUGGCUUCUAGAGAAUAAUGCACGUCUCCUAAUCCUAAGUGGGAACAACAUCUGUUUCACUUUCAUGGCUAGUAAAGCUGUGAAUGGACGGGCCAUUGAAUUGGCAAAGCUGAUAGUCUUUUUGGCUUUGGUGUGUGAGAAAGAACUAUACUGCAUGGAUUGGGCGGUUAAAAUGAUGCAAAAAGUCUGUAAAGUCUUUAGCACUCCGGUGGAAAGAAAUAACUUCCUGCAGAGUGUGGCAAAUGCAUUUGCUUGUGUUAUAAUGGAAAUGCUGCAGUCAGUUAUGUCCGGAGACCGUGAUGAAGAUGACAGAAGCUUUUUGAAUCUGUUCCAUCUUGUGCAUGCUCAGGCUAACUUCCAUAAGGAGGUCUUGUAUUUGACCAUGAAUCCUCUUUCUACCUAACUACUCAGAAAGCCUUGCAUUUAGAGAAUACCUCACUGAACUAACAAUUAGAAGAGUGCUACUUUUCCACACUCAGAGAACAGCAUCCAUGGGACUUUUUAUCACCUAAGAACUCAAAAACCAUAGAACUUUAGAGGCAACUACUUACACCAUUAUUAAUAUAAAAAUUACAGACAACCCCAAGAAUGUAUUGAGAUUUCUCUGGAAAACAAGCUGUGCCUCCAGAUUUUGAUAAACCUAACACCCAACUAAAUAGAGCAUUAGUAUCCAAGAAUCUGGGGCCAACCUGUAUGUGUGGAUGUUUGAAGCAAGGGAAAAUUCUGUUUUAUAGGUAGAGAUGACUCAAAUUCACUAAAUGGCUUGUAUCUGUUCACUUUGCUUAGACUGUGUAGACAUAACCUAAAAUGUUUUGUGAAGAUUUGUAAUACGAUAUUUUGGAAUGUAUAGAUAUAAAUCACAUUUUUACUACCUUUUGGCAUAUGAUUACAAAAAACAUAUAUUUUGUUCAUGUUUUGCAUGAGCUAACAGAUCAAAAACCAAAGGAAGUGUGUGUAUACAUACACAUGCAUAUAUAUGUAUGUCUGUGUAUAUAUAUAUAUAUAUAUAUAUAUAUAUAUAUAUAUACUUCCUUCUUUAAGACAAAAAUCUAUAAAUAGAGGAAAGUCUAUAGUCUUUUUUUUGAAUAAUUAUUUAUUUUUGAGAGAGAGACAGAGCACAAGUGGGGGAGGGGCAGAGAGAGAGGGAGACACAGAAUCUGAUUCAGGCCUCAGGCUCUGAGCUGUCAGCCCAGAGUCCAACAUGGGGCUCCCAUGAACCAUGAGAUCAUGGCCUAAGUGGAAGUCAGACGCUCAACCGACUGAGCCACCCAGGCACCCCAAUUAAAUCAUCUUUUAUUCCUUCCUAGAGAUUAGAGUGAAAUGUUGCAAGUAAGGGAGAAUAUAAAAUGAAAGAAAGUACUUAUUCUACUGCCAGAACAAUCUUCACAAGUAAUUUGCACUUCUUCCUAAAGCUUUCCUCCCAAAGAGUGGGACUUGAAGGAAAGUGGAAGCACACAUGGGUAGAGCAACCCUGGAGAGAGUGAGGUUUUCAUUCAAGUAAAUGGUUUCCAAGAGGCUCCAGGACUAUUUAUUUCACUCUAACUGGCAUCUACCACCACUCUUACUAUUAAAAUAGAAACUAAUAGUGUCUCACAGGGGUGAAAUCAUGCUGGAGCCUUCCCGGACCUCCCAUUUUCUUCUCUUUGGGUUUGAUCAUUUUAUUUCUGCUAAAGAUACACCCCCUCCCCCUGGAAAGGAUGCUGGCUUAGUUUCUCGAAGCUCUUGACGUAACUCACCUCUGCAGCUGAUGAAGGAAAGGAACACUAGAAAAUAUAGAAAUUACCCAUGUAAGUGGGAUGUAAAUUGUGAGAAAUUCUCAAGUGUUUGGCAAGAGGGACUCAGAGAUUUAAUAGGAUUGAGGAAGAGUGAAAUUUUUGGAGAAAGCGUAAAUUGUGAUAACAAGAUUUUACUAUAGUUCAGUAGCAAAAGCACUUUCCUUCAUUUCUGGAAUGUCAGAAAUUAACUAUCUUUCUCUGAUGGAUGGUCCAACUAUAUUUCUGUUGGUGGCCGGAAUUUUUUCUCCAGAGUUUAGCAUUUGCAUAUUCAUGCAGAAACAAAGUUCUUGCUUUUAUCCUGGUUUCAAUUUCCUCCUCUCAUUUUAAGAAUUCACCCAGGGGCACCUGGGUGGCUCACUCAUUUGAGUGUCUGACUUCAGAUCGGGUCAUGAUCUCGCAUUUCAUGGGUCUGAGCCCCACAUCAGGUUCUCUGCUGUCAGUGCUGAGCAUGCUUCGGAUCCUCUGUCCCCAUCACUCUCUGCCUCUCCCUCGCUCUCUCUCUCUCUCUUUCAAAAAUAAAUAAACAUUAAAUUAAAAACAAAAUUCACCCACAAUUAAAUUAGAAAGAUUAAAAGUUGGCAGAUACCAGAGUACAAAAUAAUACCUUGAUUUUAGCCUUUUCUUCUCCCUCUCUCACUCUUUUUCCUAUACACGCUUUGGAAAACCUAAUCCAUUUAUUUAUGAAAACACUGGUGAUUCCAAGUUGCCAAUAUACCUAUUAGAUUAUUUGGGGAGAAAAAAGGAAAAUGGGGGGAAAGUAAAAUUUUAAAAUAAACAGUGAAUAUCUUUAGUAUUUUACUAAAUAGAUGUUAAGUUUCAUUCUCUUACAGAAAGAAAUUUGGCAUUGUGAAGUUUUCUUGAAUUCCUUGAAUUAUCCCAGUCUCCACACCAGUUAUUUUCAGCACGUUUACCAAAGAAGCAUGGUUUAACUUAAAACAUUUUAAAAAAUUUAUUUAAGUAUGCUCCACACCUAAUGUGGGGCUUGAACUCACAACCCUGAGAUCAAGAACCGCAGGCUCUACCUGCAGGCACUGAGCAGGUCAGGUGCCCCUUAACUUAAAACAUUUUUGGAGCCAAUUUUCAAUCUCAUUAUACACUUGAACAGACUUGACUGUUGCUAUACAAUGUUUUAAAAACAUCAUUGUAUUAUCCCGGAUAAUUGUGAGACUAUUAUCUCAUCCACCCCCAAAAUUUGGAACAUAAAGAAGUCUGAUUCAUUCUUUAGGUACAGUAGAUACAUGAAAAGAAAGUGAAAAGAAAAAGCUUACCAAUAAAAAGUAAACUGACAAGUUCUUCAUUCAGUUAUUAAUAGAUAAGAAUAACAUUGAAACUAAACUUGCAAUUUCCUCAAUUCAGCAGCCCAGUUUUUUGCCAGAUACAUCUGUCAUCAGGAAUGAAGUGUGAUAUCAGAUGUUAAGGUGGGAGAUUAACUUGCAAAAGCAUGUAUUAUUAUCACUGGUAUUGAUGUUUAAGUGACGAUGUAGACAUUCAUAGUGCUACCGAAAAGGAGCUCUUGCAAAAUGAAUGGCCUAACCAUAACCAGGAGACUGGCCACUGCUAACUUGAGAACAGUUAUAACAACGUGAGCUGCUAACAGGUCAGAUCAUUUAUCCCAUAUCUUUUUCUAAGUUAGAAGAUUGACCUGGUCUUCUAACUCUUUUUUACCUUUUAAUAGUGAUUCCCUCAGUCUCCUUUGACUUUCAUUUGAUGCUGAGUUUUACUUCUACUAGAAGGCAAACCCAAUGACACAUCAUUAUAUUUAUCUUUACCAUUGUUUCUAAACACACACACAACCCCAUACUGACAAACUAAGGACACUUCUUUUCCUGGAAACUCAUUUAAAGCUUUUAUCUUGUGAGAUAAAUAGACUGUACCUUAAGAGAUCAGGGAACAUCUAUCUAACCUUAACACUUUUUUUUUUUUUUAAUAAUCGUGUCUCAUGCUCUUUGGACCCCUUAACUUCUUUAUCAUAUUCACAAAGCAGGCAGUAAAUUACUAAAUUUGGGCAGCAGUUCAAUCAUUCAAGAAGUUCAGGUGGUUGCCUGUCAGGCUGUUCUCCAUAGCAUGAACAAUAGACACCUUAUUUCACACUUUUCCCAUCUUCUGUUGACUUAGUUCUUGCUUCCAGUUCUUCUGUUAUCACAAAGAUUUUUAUUGCCAGGAUAAUCAUUCACCUCAAAUGGAGAUCAGAGCAAGCAUGAGGUUUACAGGAAAAGAUGCAACUGGAAGAACCAUCUUAUGUCAAUAAAAAACAAACCUUAACCUCUUUGUGUGUUUGUCCCUCAAGAGUUAGCCUCUUUAAGUGAAUAGUAUCCAAUUAUACGAUUACAGAUUUCUUUGUCAUUAAGUAUUGUGAAGGGUAAAAACAUAAAACUGUUACGCUCUUUGGUUGCUGGACACCUUACUAGAGAUGUCACUUCUUUCAAUUCCACUGGCAGGUGGCAGUGAAACCUGUAAGAAAUCAGGUUAUGGACAUAUGUUUCUUCGUUGAUUGAAACGUCGCUAAGAUAGGAAAAAUGACCUGAAAAACUAUUGGAUAGUCUUCUCUAGGUUAAAAAAAAAAAAGUGCCAAAGUACUAAGGACACAUUUGAUUUUCAUCAAGAAAGCAAAUACAAUUUCAGAAACUUCCUUAAGUAACCAGAGAUGUAAAAAAAGGCUUAGUGUAGCCCUUGAA